GGCAUCUCACUCUACAAUCACUCAUAGUCGCACUGUAUCCUGUUGGUCACAUGUCACAACAACCACAACCAGUAUGUUAUACAUUUUAAUAAUCUCAUAAUUCACAGUGGGGUUAAAUUUUAAAUUCACAGUAGGAUCCAGUGAUUCGAGUGCCAGCACUUUUUUGGCUUCAUGUCGUUUACUUGUUCUCCUCUGUUGCGUGUCGGGUCCUCAUGCACUGGGCCACGGUUCCAGGCCUGCGUCACAGUCACACGUCGUACAGCGCUCGCGUCCUUGCGCCAGUCAAUCAAAGCGACCUUCCCUCUGACAAACGGCCCACAUGCGCUCCAGCUUCACGUCUGGUCUGCAGGCGAUGGUGGAACCAUGCAGCUGGAUGUUUGUGCAAACUGGGAAGAAGCUGGAAUAGAAAUCAGCUGGAUGGUGAAUGCUGUUCAGAUGUUGGAUGAGCAGAGCAAAUAUUGUAAAGCGGGUGAAAAAUAAAAGGCUCAACACGUUGUUGUGAUAGGAUUUUAAUAAUAUCCAGAGAGUCACCGUCCACAGCAAAUGUCAAGGUAACACUGGGGAUCAAAUAACGUGCAAUUAGUGCGGCUAUAAAGUCCACUCAUGAUGAUGUCACACUCAGACAGUGAUGAGCAGUAAUGGAAUUAAUUUUCCAAUUUGUGUGCGGUUUGCAUGUGUAACCAGACAUAACCCGCCCCGUGGCUCAUGGGGUGAAGACGCCGUCUCACCUGAGGGUGUGGCAUCGCAUGUGACUCACUGGUGGGAAGCAUCAAAGCCAGUGAUCGGGUUUCGCUUUGACAGCGUGCUUCUGUUGCGCCCGUCUCACGACGGCGCUCCUCGCCAGGCCUGAACCCGUGACCCGAUGUGUUCCGCUUGGGCCGGAUCCGAACACGUUUUAGCUCUACUGCGAAACCGCCGCGGUGCCUUGCUUGAUUUAACAUAGAAAUAUUUCAGCGUGGGAUUCCUGUGAAAAAAUGUUCUGGCUCUGGGGCAGGAUUAGGAUUAUUCUUCAAACGCAUGUGUAGAUGUUGACAGAGUUUCACAGAGACCACACAGAGAAGACCUUCACUGGCACAGCAGAGAGUCGCCAUGAGGACGCGGAGAUGACGCCGCCGGCCCUGGAUCGCUUUCGCCGUCAGCCUGAUUCCGUUGUGGACGUGCAGACGGUGCUCUGAACUGUACCGUGCACAGACGUUUGGACAAAGCUCCCUGAGCCAAUGGCUAAAACAGAAGCCAAGGUCCCCGGCGGCGUCAGCUCCGGGGGGCUGCUGUGGUCGCGGAUAUGCAAGGAGUGUGGUCAGCAGCACGAGGACCAGGAGAGCCACUUGUACGAGUACCAGGACGAGGUGGACGACGAGCUGGUGUGCCACAUCUGCCUGCAGCCUCUGCUCCGGCCCAUGGACACCCCCUGCGGCCACACGUACUGCUUCCACUGCCUGAGCAACUUCCUGAAGGAGCAGGACUUCUGCCCCGUGGACCGGCAGCGGCUGCAGAUGCACCAGUGCCGCGCCUCCAGCCUGCUGGUCAGGAACCUGCUGGACAAGCUGACGGUGCUGUGCCCCCACUACGACGAGUGCCAGCAGCAGAUGCAGCGGUGCGAGCUGCAGCCUCACCUGCACAACAGAUGUCCUGUUUUUAAAAGAUUGAGGGAGGAGGCAGAGAAGAGGAAGAGGCCCUCUUGGAACGAGAUAAAGGGACGUAAGGGUGAUGGGGAUUCGCCCAGUGAUGCUAAACAUCCAGCAGUCCUGCCUCGAAAUCCCACGAGAGACCAGCCUGAGCCUGGGCUUAUAAAUCCUGCCUACGAAGAAAGUGAGGAUGACAACACGCCUCUGCGCUCCAGCCUGGUGGCCGAGUCCACCGUGGUGGAGCUCUUCAGAGAGGAGCCGCAGGAGGAGCUCGGCAUCCGCAUCGUGGGGGGCAAAGACACGCCGCUGGGGAACAUCGUCAUUCAGGAGAUUGUCCGGGACUCGCUAGCAGCUCGCGAUGGCAGACUGGCCCCAGGAGACCACAUCCUAGAGGUGAAUGACGUGAGUCUGGCGUCGGUGCCUCACGGCCGGGCCAUCGCUGUGCUGCAGCAGCCUUCCCUCCUCCGGCUCACCGUGAUGCAGGAGAAAGGCUUCAAAUCGCGGGACCUGCGGGCCGAUCCCAAUUCGUCCUCAUCCGCCGCCUCCCAGUCCUCCCAGUCCUCCCACAGCAACGCCACCUCCAACCACAACCCCAGCACCGUGCUGCAGGUGACGCUGAUGAAGAGCCAGCGCAGCGAGCCGCUCGGCAUCAAGCUCAUCCGCAAGUCGGACGAGAGCGGGGUCUUCAUUUUGGACCUGCUGUCCGGUGGCCUGGCUUUCAGAGACGGAAAACUAAGGAACAAUGACAAAGUGUUGGCCAUUAACGGACAUGACCUGAGGCACGGCACACCUGAGAUUGCUGCCCAGAUCAUACAGGCCAGUGAGGUGCGCGUCAACUUUGUGGUGAUGAGACCUGCGGAGAGUCAGGAGGAUGGAGGAAGCGGUCGAGAACCACACAGCAGAGCGGCCAGGAGGCUUCCAGAGCCGCAGUACUAUCGCCGCCACUCCACGUACAUGAAGGAUCCCCCAAGUGGGUUUUCCAGCCAAGAGAAGACGGUGAGCUUGAAGAAGGAGCCUCGGCUCUCCCUCGGCAUCACCAUAGCUGGGGGGAGAGACUGUCGCAGCCGUCUGCCUAUUUACAUCACAAGUGUGCAGCCUGUUGGCUGUCUGCACCGAGAUGGCACCAUUAAAAGAGGUGAUGUCUUGCUGAGCAUCAACGGGGUUGAUCUGACCCAGCUGACCUACAACGAGGCAGUUUCUGCGCUGAAAGCAGAGACCGCUCACUCCCAGGUGGUGCUCCGUGUCAUCCAGACCCUGUCUGAGGACACCCAGGAGGACCCCGAGGCUGUCAGUAGAGACGAUCUAGACCCAGUGGAGGACCAACGGGAUGACAGCCUUAACUGGACACCACUGUGGACUCGCUGGCUGGGAUUGCCGAGCCACAUGCACUGGUGUCGAGACAUUGUCCUGCAGAAGACCAACAACGAGAGCUGGGGCUUCAGCAUCGUUGGUGGCUACGAGGAGAGCCACGGCCAGCAGCCUUUCUACAUCAAAACCAUUGUGCCUGGUACACCUGCUCACUUUGACGGACGCCUCAAGUGCGGUGAUGAGAUAGUGGCUGUGAACGGAGCCACGACAGUGGGAAUGAACAACUCAUCCCUCAUCCCAAUGCUCAAGCUGCAGAAGAACAAAGUCACACUCACUGUAGUGUCAUGGCCAGGCAGUAUAGUGUAGCAGAACACACUUGAUCCUUCACUCUCCUUCCUGUCUCACACACACACACACACACACACACACACACACGGUCAGUUCAGCUGUAUUUCCACUGGGCCACUCACUUCCAUCUGUAGCUUUGUGUUUGGGUUACAGUCUUAUCAAUCAGUUUAAACAGAAUGUGUGUAGACACCUAGGGCGUCCUGUGUAUAACUGAGGGGACACAGGUAUAAUGUCAGCUGGUAUCUGUGAACAUGCUGCAUUUAAUGCAUUAGUGAUGACAAUCAGUGAAUCGAAUGCUAAGGACAAACCAGAAGGAUACAAUGUUUUCGGAACAGCUUCUUUGAUCCUCUUCCAAAGCUUUGUGUAUUUUUCUUACCCGUUAUUUUAUAGUAGUCAUCAUAAUCCUAAUGACUUCAUAAUCCGUGACACGAAAUAAAAUGUAGUAAUCGAUAAUAUGUAGACAGCUGUAAAUAUAAAUUGUAGAUUACUAUGUAUAACACAGUAGCUGCCGACCGUAUAGGCUGAUGUCAAAGAGAAAUGUUCUCUCAUCUCAUACCUGUACCACCUGUACAGUUAUACCGGGGUCGUCGGUGCAACACAAUGAUGAAUCACUGAUAGAAGUUCAAGUGAGCUGAAUUGAAGAGAAUUUUAUUUUAUACAAAGUAUGAACGAAAACCUGCAGUGAAUUUGGGUCUGACGUAUUUUAUGCUGGUGUGACAGGAUUUAAAGAGUCUAUGGUCCAGUUCUGUCUGAAAAUCAACAUAAUCGGUAAAUCUAAGCUCACAGGAAAUGUAAGUAAUGUAUAGACCAUUCCUUAUUAUAAUUUAGAAUUGAGUUGGUUGUAAACAUCUUAGGUCCAUGAUUGUUUCCAGUUUUUGAUUUUUCGAGAAUGCUGCAACAGGAAACAAACACAGACACAUGUACACAGAUGUUUGAACUGUAUCAUUUACCAUUUAAAUUCAUUAUGGUUUAAUAAUCUGACCCCUUCACAUGUCCACUGCUCGUAUAUUCACUAGGUAAAAUAGCUCAUAGUUAGUGACUUUGUUUAGUGGGUGCCUUGUAAACACUGAAGGAGGUGAACCUGCCUUAAAUUUGACACUGUAGCAAAAUUUGCUUCUCCUAAUUAUUUCCAGUCAUAAAUGGCUUUGUCCAGAUGACUGCGUUACCUCAUACUGUCAACACAUUCCCAGUGGCGUUUCUUGCCACGUAACUGAUACAAGACUACAUACGAUCUUGUCAAGCUAAUAGAAGCUGUGUAAUUAUGGUUAUGUAAGGAUGAGCCUGUUCAUUUUAAAUAUGUUCAAUAAAAUCAUAACAAAUCA